AUGUUUGAAUUAUUUGAAAUAUUUACUACAGGUGGAAUCGUCCUGUGGUCCAACACCAAAGCCAGCAGCCAUCAUCCUGCAAUUGAUGGCUUGAUAUCCGAUGUCCUGAUUAGUGAAAAAUCAGCACCCGGAUCAUCUGCUGAUAUUGAUGACAUUUACCGCAUUGAUACCCAUACCGUUCGUUUUUCACGAGUCAAUAACCUUGGUGUUAUUUUUGUCUGUGUAUACCAAUCCAUCCUCCAACUCACAUACGCUGAAGAGCUCGUCGCCAAUGUUAAAGCUAUUUUUCUUUCCCUUUUCAAAUCACAGAUAUUACAAAGUAUUGAACACGGUGAUCCGUAUCCACAGCUUUCGGACUUUACGAAAUUUAACAACUAUUUUGAUUCCCGCGUGGCUGAGUUUGAGCAACUUGAAGCCCAAAAACGGAAAUCUGUAGCCCAACCAAAGUUAGAGCCUAUUGAAAAGUCUCUUCCUACAUUAUCAUCUCCAGCCGAAUUAAAAAAAGUCGCAGUUAUUUCACCCUUUGAAUCAUCAGAUGAUGAAGAUACACCCAAUACAGACACAUCUACCCCAGUAGGAUUUCCACCAGGGGCCAAGAAGAAAUCUAAAAGAGGAGGCAAAAAUAAAAACAAGAAUAAAAGUUCUUUAACAGGAGCUGGUGCAGCCGGUGCAGCUGAUUCGAAAAAGAAACCUGUCAAGAAGAUGCGCAAGUGGGGUGCUAAUGGAUUGGCAGAAGAGAUUGAUGAUGAAAGCGACGAUGUUUUGGAUUUUUCGAGUAAUAAACCUAGCAAAAAUGCAUCUGUGGAUAAUGAUGCUUCCAUUGACAUGAGUUAUGGCAAGGAGAAUAGCCAGGGUAAUUUUGUGGUCAAGAGUCUUGCAGAAGACAUGCCUGAGCUGUUAGACGAUGAUGAGGAUGAGGAUGAAGAGGCAGACAAUGAGUCAAGUGCCAGCAAGUUUUCAUUUGGAUUUUUAAAGAACAUUGUUGGAGGCAAAACAAUGACCCAAGAUGAAUUAGACAAGACCCUUGAUGCCACCCGCACACACUUGAUGGAGAAGAACGUUGCUCCUGAAGUUGCUGACGGUCUUUGCGAAACAGUAAAGACAACACUGCUAGGAUCUAAGACAAAGAACUGGACCUCGAUACAAGCCACAGUCAAGUCAGCAAUGACGGAUGCUCUGCGACGAGUGCUGACUCCAAAUUCAUCCGAAGACUUGCUUUUUGAGAUUCGCAAGAAGGAAAGAGAAAACAAGUCAUCUGUUAGCCAAUAUAACCCCUAUGUGAUUUCUGUCGUUGGUGUUAAUGGUGUGGGCAAGUCGACCAAUUUGUCCAAGAUUGCCUUUUGGCUUCUACAGAAUCGGUUUAAAGUUUUGAUUGCAGCCUGCGAUACGUUUCGCUCAGGAGCUGUUGAACAGCUACGAGUGCAUGUCGACCGACUGCGAGAGUUGACAGAGCGCAACAAUGCCGGGAAAAUUGACAUGUUUGAGGAGGGCUACGGUAAAGAUGCAGCGGUUACUGCUCAGCAUGCUAUUGAAUAUGGUCGCAAAAACCGAUACGAUGUUGUUUUGAUUGAUACUGCUGGUCGACGUCACAAUGACGACCGACUCAUGUCGUCGCUCGAGAAGUUUGGCAAGCUUGCAAACCCAGACAAAAUUGUAAUGGUUGGCGAGGCGCUUGUUGGCACUGACUCUGUGCAACAGGCUCGCAACUUUAACAAUGCUUUUGGACCUAACCGAAACUUGGAUUUUUUCCUUAUUUCCAAGUGCGAUACUGUUGGAGAGAUGGUUGGUUCACUGGUCAAUAUGACAUAUUCCACUGGCAUUCCUGUUUUGUUUGUGGGUACAGGCCAAAACUACACAGAUUUGCGAACACUCUCUGUUGAUUGGGCUGUGCAACUCCUAAUGAAGUAG